GUGGCCGCGGUCCGAGGAGAGAAAGGGAAGAGGAACCAGUAAUGGCGGCCAGUUAGUGUGUGCGGCUGAGCAGGGAAGGAGGCGGCGCUUUGCUCGCCUUCGGGGCCCUUGUUCCUCGCCCGGCAGCGGCGCCACCGUCGCCGCCGCUCCCCAAAGCGGAGGCGGCUGAGGAGACAGCGCCAGCGCCGCCUUCUCCCUCCCUCCCUCCCUGCUUCCUUCCUUCCCUCUCCGGGCAGGCUGCGGCGGGGCCAUGGUGAACACCCGAAAGAGCUCCCAGCAGCGGCUCUCCGGUAAAGCGGCGGCGGCGGCGCUCUCGGGGCCCGGCAGCCAUUUCAUCUCGUCCAGGACCCGCUUGUCCAGGACCAGCGCCAAAGCGGCGGCGGCGGCGGCUGCCUUGGCGGCCGGGCAGGAUGAGGAGUCGGGCCGGAGAGAUGAUGGUAGUGAUGGCAGCUUGAGUGAUAGCCACAUAUCUCCUCCAGCCAAACGUACCUUGAAACAUGCUGAUUCAGUAUGCAAAGACAAAUCAAAAUCUCGCAGUACUGGGCCACGAGAAGAAUGGAGCAUCUCAGCUGGACAGUCCCGGUUAACUUCUCAAUCUGGUGCUACUUUACCAAAUGGGCAUAGUUUAUCUCUCAAAAGCUGUUCCCUUCGGGGGGAGAAAAAGGGAGACGCGGACCACGCUUGUAUAAAUGGAGGCAGAGAAGUCAGAAAAAGUUGCCGAUCCAGAAAAAACAGAUUUGAAAGUUUGAAUCAGAGUUUGCUGUUUGACCAGCUAGUAAACAGUACUGCUGAAGCUGUUCUUCAAGAAAUGGACAAUAUUAACAUCAGACGGAAUAGGCGAUCUGGAGAAGUGGAACGAUUGCGCAUGUGGACAGAUACAGAAUUUGAAAACAUGGAUAUGUAUUCACGUGUAAAGAGGAGGAGGAAAUCACUGAGGAGAAAUAGCUAUGGAAUCCAGAACCACCAUGAAGUUUCCACUGAAGGGGAGGAAGAAGAAUCACAAGAAGAAGAUGGAGAUAUUGAAGCAGAGGAGGCAGAGGGAGAAGAAAACGAUCGUCCCUAUAAUCUGAGACAAAGAAAAACAGUUGAACGAUAUCAGGCACCCCCUAUAGUGCCAUCUCACCAGAAGAAAAGGGAAAGUGCAUUGUUUGACAUUCAUAGAUCUCCUGCUAGAAGAAGCCAUAUCAGGAGAAAAAAGCAUGCCAUUCAUAGCAGUGAUACAACCUCAUCAGAUGAAGAACGCUUUGAAAGAAGAAAAUCUAAGAGCAUGGCAAGAGCAAGGAACAGAUGUCUGCCUAUGAACUUCAGAGCCGAAGAUUUGGCCAGUGGAAUCCUUCGUGAGCGAGUGAAAGUUGGUGCAAGCUUGGCAGAUGUCGACCCAAUGAUUCUUGACAAAUCAGUGCGAUUUGACAGCAUAGGUGGAUUGAGCAAUCACAUUCAUGCACUUAAGGAAAUGGUUAUAUUUCCUCUUUUAUAUCCUGAAAUCUUUGAAAAAUUCAAAAUUCAGCCACCGAGGGGCUGUUUGUUUUAUGGUCCUCCUGGAACAGGUAAAACUUUGGUAGCCAGAGCUCUGGCCAAUGAAUGCACCCAAGGAGAGAGAAAGGUUGCGUUCUUUAUGAGGAAAGGAGCAGACUGUCUCAGUAAAUGGGUUGGUGAAUCUGAACGGCAACUCCGACUCCUGUUUGAUCAAGCAUACCUAAUGAGGCCAUCCAUAAUCUUUUUUGAUGAAAUAGAUGGCUUGGCUCCAGUCCGUUCAAGCAGGCAAGACCAGAUUCACAGCUCUAUAGUAUCUACCCUGCUUGCUCUCAUGGAUGGGCUGGACAACAGAGGCGAAAUAGUUGUCAUUGGUGCUACAAACAGACUUGAUUCUAUAGAUCCAGCACUUAGAAGACCAGGUCGCUUCGACAGGGAAUUUCUUUUCAGCUUGCCAGAUCAGAAGGCAAGAAAGCACAUUUUACAAAUUCAUACCAGGGACUGGAACCCCAAAUUGUCAGAUCCUUUUUUGGGAGAGUUAGCUGAGAAAUGUGUUGGAUAUUGUGGAGCUGACAUAAAAGCACUUUGCACUGAGACAGCCUUGAUUGCCCUGCGACGGCGCUAUCCUCAGAUCUAUGCGAGCAGCCAGAAGCUGCAGCUGGACAUUUCGUCAAUAGUUCUCAGCGCACAAGAUUUUUAUCAUGCCAUGCAAAACAUUGUGCCUGCCUCACAGCGUGCUGUCAUGUCAUCGGGGCAUGCGCUGUCUCCCAUCAUAAGGCCGCUGUUGGAAAGAACCUUCAAUAACAUUCUGGCGGUUCUACAUAAAGUGUUUCCCCAUGCUGAAUUCAGCCAGGGUGACAAAAGAGAAGGUACACCAAGUCUAAUUUUGGAUGACAGUGAAGAUGAAAAUGAGACAUCAAUAUUUGAGACAAGUUGCCAGUCAGGAUCACCAAAGAAACAAUUAUCAGCUGCUGUACAUAAAUCCUACCUUCAUUUUACGAUGUCAGCUUACCACCAGCCCACCUCUUACAGGCCAAGAUUACUGCUUUCUGGAGAAAGGGAUUCAGGUCAGACUACACACCUUGCUCCAGCUGUAUUGCACUGUCUUGAAAAAUUUGCUGUACACAGAUUAGAUCUGCCAGCACUUUAUUCAGUCAGUGCCAAAACACCUGAGGAAUCCUGUGCGCAGAUCUUUCGUGAAGCGAGAAGAACACUACCGAGUAUUGUUUACAUGCCUCAGAUUGGUGAUUGGUGGGAAGCUGUCAGUGAAACUGUGAGAGCUACGUUUCUAACUUUGCUGCAAGACAUACCAUCAUUCUCACCUAUAUUUCUACUCUCUACCUCUGAAACCAUGUAUAGUGAACUGCCUGAAGAGGUUAAGUGUAUCUUUAAAAUCCAGUACGAAGAGGUUUUUUAUAUUCAGAGACCUAGUGAAGAAGACAGGCGGAGGUUUUUCCAAGAGCUGGUUCUAAACCAGGCAUCGAUGCCUCCUCCGCGAAGGAAGCAAACUGCUCUUUCUGAUAUGGAGGUGCUUCCCCUUGCACUACCACCUCCGACUCGCCAGCUGUCAGAGACAGAAAAGCAGCGAAUGGAAGACCAGGAAGAGAACACAUUGCGAGAGCUGCGGCUGUUUCUCAGGGAUGUUACCAAGAGGCUGGCCACAGACAAGCGCUUUAACAUCUUCAGCAAACCGGUGGAUAUUGAAGAGGUUUCUGACUAUCUGGAGGUUAUCAAAGAGCCGAUGGACUUGUCUACAGUAAUAAGUAAAAUUGACAAGCAGAACUAUUUAACAGCAAAGGAUUUCCUCAUAGACAUCGAUCUUAUCUGUAGCAAUGCAUUGGAGUAUAAUCCUGAUAAAGAUCCAGGGGAUAAAAUAAUUAGGCACAGAGCCUGUACUCUGAAGGACACUGCUCACGCUAUCAUUGCUGCUGAGUUGGAUCCAGAGUUUAAUAAAAUGUGUGAAGAAAUCAAGGAAGCAAGGAAAAAAAGAGGCUUAUCAGUAGCAGCAGAGCAAGUAAAUCCUCACAACACUGUACAGAAAACAGAAAACAGAGUUGAAGAGGCUUUUCAGAACAAACAAAAAAAUGCAAUGUCUGUCUGGCAGAACUCUGCAAAUAAAUGUGCAUUUCGGUUAAGGAGGAAAUCAAGGCGCCGUUCACAGUGGGGGAAAGGCAUUAUUAAAAAGAGAAAAGUCAAUAAUCUGAAGAAAGAUGAGGAUGAUGCCAAGUUUGCUGAUGAUGAAAACCAGGGAGAGGACAGCAAGCUGCUGGAGAAUGGGGAGCUCGAGGGGAGUACAGACUGCAUUGAGGAGAACGGAGAGGAGACGGGGGAUCUCUCUAUGACAAACGACGAGUCCUCUUGCGAUAUUAUGGAUAUACACACAGAACAAAGACUCAAUAAUGGGAUGGUAGGGAAAGAAAAUAAUAUUCCAUCCACAGAAGAGAGUUCGAAUGAAUCUCUGCUAGUGAGUAACAAGGUUACUGUGAAUGCAGGGAAGGACUCGAAAAAAGAGUCCUCGUUCAAGAGUGACUGUUUAAACGGCGAAGCCUCUGAGGGCACACCAGCUCCAGCAUGUCAGUAUGACAAAUGUGAUUCACUGAAUGCUGCUUCACCUUCUGGCAUCCCCAACAUACCUGCUCCUGCACAAAACGCAGCCUCUGAUGAUCACCAGAAAGAGAAUGCAGAAGCUUCUGGGGAGAGCCUGGGAGGUGAACAGAUAAAGCAGUCAGGUACAGAGGCACCACAAUGCAGCAAUAAUGAAAACAAAUCACAAGGCAUAGAUGUUGAGGCUAAAGAAACUGAAUCAGAUAAAGAAGGUACACUAAAAAAUAAAAAGCCUCGUAAAGUUCCUUUGGCGCAGGUUCCAGAGGAGCAGUUGGAUCCUGUACCUCCUGUUGUUGUUGACCAUGACAGAUUAAAGAACUUGCUUGAUUUGCUGGUUAAGAAAAGUGACAACUUGACUGUCGCUCAGCUUGAGAGGUUGUACUCACUUCUCAAUCAGUGCAUCUACCGGCAUCGUAAGGAUUAUGACAAGUCACAGCUUGUAGAGGAGAUGGAAAGAACUGUUCAUACGUUUGAAACAUUCCUGUGAACCCUUCAAGGUGUGAGAGGUUUAUUUCUUCACAAGCUGCUCGUGAGAGAGCAGUCUUCUGAGCCAUUCGAUUACCAGUCGCACCAAGAAUGCGCAGAGCCUUGGUCUUAGCAUGCUUGCUCUCUCUGUCUCACUUUCUGUUAUGAAUUUGGUGCUAUUGUCUCAGGUACCUGAAACCAGCCAGCCUACAAGAACCAAACGGAACUUCAUAAAUAUUUGUAUCUUGAUAUAAACACAGAAUACAAUGCCACAACUUGGAGAUUUUUUUUUUUUGGUGCUACAGAAACUGCUCUCAUUUCUGCUGUCUAUAUGCAUUAUUUUGUGAGAAGCUUCAGGCGGAAUGGAGCAGGCUGCGGAGAAAACAAAACCACCACACAUAAACUGGAUAGAGCUGAUCUAAACUAUAAUUAUUUUGAAGUGGGCAACUUUUAAAUUUUGUUUUCAGUUUCUCCCCCCUUUUUUAUUCUCCGAGGUAACGGACUGAAGCCUGUUUUUACAGCUGGCAGUGAAGAAUUGUGGUAACAAUGAAUUAUUUAACUUGGUUAUACAAUAAUGUGAAGAUGAAGCUCUCUAGAGCUGCCUUCAAUGUGCCUUUUUAGUCAGAGGAGGGAGAGAAGGAGAAGGCUAUUAAAAUGGUUGGGAUUGUAGCCAAUGGCAGAGUCAGAAAGUCCCCCCCCCCCCGCAAAAAAAAGCCUGUGUUCCCAAAGAACAGCUUCAGGUUCCCACACUGUCAAACAGCAGCCAGUAUUAUGUUUUAACAUGUCAAUAUUGCUCUGUGGAAGAUUAAAUUAUGGAAAUAAACAUAGGUUAUCUCAAAAUGGUUCAAAAUGCAUUUGUUUCACAUGUAUAUUUGUUUUUUACAGCAAAUUGCCAGUGAAAAGUUUGCAGUUGGUAUUUAAAGUGGCUGUAGUUAUUUUUUUAAAAACAUGUCCCAUCUUAUUUCUUAAGAGUUUUUUUUAAAAAUCAGAUUUCUUUCUACACCUCCAUUAUGUUGAAAGACUAGCUGGGUGGCCACAGGCAGGAAAGAUAGUUUGUUCUGCAAUCCCUUUAAAGUAUGAAUUAGACCAGUCCUCAUGUUCAGUUCAAUCCAUAUUGACACAGUAUUAAUGAGAAAAUAACUGAAAGGCCAUUCUUUGGUUAAUGGCUGCUUUUUUGGACCACUGAAUUUGCCUAUGAGGGUUGCAGCUCUUUGCAGCUUACUAAUGUGGCAAUAGUUCUCAAGCUCUGUUCUUUUUUUUUUUUGGGGGGGGGGGAGUAAGAAGUGGCACACUCUAGGCAGCAGGACACCUGUGGCAAGCCCCAGCCAUUCAACAGUCUCCCAGACCGCCCCCCCACACACACACCAGAAGGAGGAGGUGGACAGAUGAGCACCUGGCAGUCAAUGUUGCACAAUAGAGAGAAUCCACUGAUAAUGUUAUCUGAAACUGCAGGAGGGUCUUUCUAAAAAUAUGCAACUCUCAGUAGGCUUUGUUGUAAAUCAAGCAAAAAUGGUCUUGGACUACUGCAGAGACACUCAGCUACCUCAGCUUUUUGUAUUUUCGCUACCAACUGUGUUUACAGAAAGCUGUAAUCGCUCUGCUGCUGUUCAGCAAAGGUAUAUGUCACCCAGGUGUGUUGCUUGUUAGUAGUAUGCCACUGCUGAAAAUGGGGUGCCGGCCUUGGGUUGCUGCUGCAGUGAUCCAAAGCACUUCCUUUUCAUUUGAGAUUGUUGACAUCCAAGCCUCCUGAUUCUAGCCAAACUUUCCCUAGGCCCACCCACUCCCAAAUGCCACUUGCUUAAAUCUUAGUAUGCAUUUAGUCACCGUGUUCAGAACACGACUCCUGUAGAAAUGCUGUAUUUUUAGGUGGGAAAGUGCGAUUAAAACAAAUACAUUUUAAACUAGUACUUUGUUCCUUUUUAGAAAUUCGAUUGUGGGGGACUUUUUCCAUUUUUUUUCUGUUAGUAUUUAUUGCCAUCAAACACUGUUUAGGAUAUUUUGCUGUCAAAUCCAUUAGCCUUUUUGUAUUUUGAUGGAAAUUGUUACAAAACUCUUUAAGAUUUGAAGAAAUUAAAAAAAUGUAGCAGAUUUUUUGUAGCAAGUUUCUGGAAAAAUGAUUUUUUGCAAGUCUCAGGUUCUUGCAGCAUUUUUAAAAAUAUUGUAGUUCAGAGAUUUCCUUUGUUCAAGUAGCAGCAGCACUUGUGAAAAGAAAAACUGCAUACAUUUUCUAACAGGUUGCUAAAUUUGUACAAGCUGAAAUAAUUUAAAUAUAGUAAUCAGAUAAUUUGAAGAGUAUCUUGAAUUUGUGUCCAGCAUUAAAAAUGCUUCUGACUGGUCUGUUAUUUAAAAAAAAAAUUACAAUCUUUAGUAGUUUUUGAAUGUUGAUAAAGUGAGGAACAGCCUCUUAAAUGUUUUAGGUCUUUCGGAAGAAUUAGCUUAUUAUAAAUGUAUUAGUGGACAACUUAAAAUUAUAUAUUCACCCUUUUGGCUCCAAAACCGCACUAAUACAUGUAUUACUUUUCUUUACUAAUAGCUUAGUGGUUGUAGGGUAAAACCUGUUAAUCUCUCCAUGUUGUCAAACCUGUUUACUAUUUGUAAUUUUUGUUGUUAUUGUUUUUUGCCACAUAAAAUUGGCAAUAAUUUGUACAAAUCAAUUCCUGUUUCUUGUUAUGAAUAUUACAAGUAAACUCCUGGACAAGGCCUUCUGUCUAGGGCCAGAUGGAGGUUAAAUUGCUGUGGGGCUAAUGAUGGAACUGCUCUUAGGAUGAACUUGGCUGUGGAGUUAAUUGUGUUUGCAAGCUUGAAUUUCACCUGUGAUUAAUUUAUGUUUUGUGUCCUCUGUAAUGUUACUUGAGUUUUCUCAUAUGCCAAUGUAUUUAUUAUAGGAUUAUUGAUUUGGUUUUGUUUUUGCUAAUACCUUGUCUUCCCAUUCUUUUAAGUUGGAGGGUGAAUUCUGGCUUUGAUAUUUUGAAUGGCAGGUCCUGUAGCUGAUAAUCUUUUGUCUCCCUCCUUCCUUUGCCUCCCCACACCUUUUAUUUUUGUGUGUAAAUUCAACAUGAGCUUGAAUUUGAGCUUGUAUCUGCUUCUCUUCUAUAUUGUACAUUGGUUUACUUAGGCAAUGGGGAUGUCUCAUUUUUGAUUUCAUUUUGUGUCUUAUCUACUUUUGGAUUAAGUAAGCUUAUGUCAGCUAUGGUAAAUUUUGGAUUCUAUAAGUUGUAUUCAGAAUUGUGUUUCACUUGACUUCUUUGUCUUUUUUUGCAUCUUGACUUCAUUUUUGCAUUAGUUAAGUAAAUUAUUUAAUUUUUUUUUUAAUUUCUGGGUAUUUUGAACAUUUUACUGUAAUUUGUAAUAUAACUGCUGUGAAAUACUUGAAUAAAGAUGACAAGUAAAG